GACGCCCCGCCCCCGCGCGGCGCUGCGGAACCGGAGCUCCGGGCGGCGUCGGCAGCAGCGCGGGAGGCGGCGAGGCCGGGGCGCAGGAGCCGGCGCGGCGACCGCAGAGAGAGCGUCGGGGACAGAGCAGACCACGACGAAGGCGCACAGGCAGUCGGGCCGGGCCGGGCCACGGGGAGAGCGGCCGCCGGGAAGCGGGCGGGAAGCGGGCAGCCGCCGAGCCGCGAAGCGACAUGGUGCUGCUCAAAGAGUAUCGAGUCAUCCUGCCGGUGUCUGUAGAUGAGUAUCAAGUAGGACAGCUGUAUUCUGUGGCUGAAGCCAGCAAAAAUGAAACGGGUGGUGGUGAAGGCGUGGAGGUCCUGGUGAAUGAACCCUACGAGAAGGAUGGUGAGAAAGGCCAGUACACACACAAGAUCUACCACUUACAGAGCAAAGUGCCCACGUUUGUUAGAAUGCUGGCCCCAGAGGGAGCCCUGAAUAUACAUGAAAAAGCAUGGAAUGCCUACCCUUAUUGCAGAACUGUUAUUACAAAUGAGUACAUGAAAGAAGACUUUCUGAUUAAAAUUGAAACCUGGCACAAACCAGAUCUUGGCACCCAGGAGAAUGUGCAUAAACUGGAGCCUGAGGCAUGGAAACAUGUGGAAGCCAUAUAUGUAGACAUUGCAGAUCGAAGCCAAGUACUUAGCAAGGAUUACAAGGCAGAAGAAGACCCUGCAAAAUUUAAAUCUAUCAAAACAGGCCGAGGACCCUUGGGCCCCAAUUGGAAGCAAGAACUUGUAAAUCAGAAAGACUGCCCAUACAUGUGUGCAUAUAAACUGGUUACUGUCAAGUUCAAGUGGUGGGGCCUGCAGAACAAAGUGGAAAACUUUAUACAUAAGCAAGAGAGGCGUCUGUUUACAAACUUCCACAGGCAGCUGUUCUGUUGGCUCGAUAAGUGGGUUGACCUGACUAUGGAUGACAUUCGAAGGAUGGAAGAAGAAACAAAGAGACAGCUGGAUGAGAUGAGACAAAAGGACCCAGUGAAAGGAAUGACAGCGGAUGACUAAAGCCACCCCCCCUUCUGCACUUUUUGCAAGACAGUGGUCAACAGGAAGGCCCAGCAGCUCCACCCUCCUGAGUGACAGGCCAUCUUCGGACGCAGCCUUUCUGUGCCCAUUCUUCAGGCAACUUUUGAUCCCUUACUGUAGCUAAUUCUAGAUGCCCUUUAAUAUUGUGAACAAAUAGACCGUCUGGUAUUAUGAAGCCCGUGUGUGCAGGAGCCUGCUCCUCUGAGAUAUGUGGCAUAUAGGUUGCUGUAUUUACAGCUCCUCCCUCUCCAACCAUUGUGUUCUCAACUCAUUUCUGUGUGCCCCACCUCUUUAUUUCCAAGUGACAUUUUAGUCUUUCAAAAUAGCUGCCUUUUUUGUGAUGUGGUGAUUUAAAUGAUUUAAGUUUGUUUUCAACCCUGGGAUAAAUUGAGGUAUUCUGAUUCCUGGGCAAAUCUUUGCAAUUUUGAGUGCUCACCUGGGGAAAGGGGAUGAGUUAGAAAUACAGAAUUUCCCCUACCCCCAGUUCCUCAGAACAGCAAUGUGGCUUCAUAACUCUGACCACUGUUCCCAAUAACCCAUUGAGUGCUCUAAGCACCAACUACUCUGUUUUGAAAAUUUAACAAAUACACAUAACCUCUACCCUAGGCAUUAGAUCUCUGGUCACUAGUCUUAGAAACACCUAUGGCUUCUCUGCCCUCCUUUUGCCCACUCUGUCCGCAUCUCUGCAGAGCCCAUAAUAUGCCCAGGUCAGUUCUCCACCUGGAGGGACUUGUCCAGUAUGGCCCUUAGAAUUGAGUCUGCCCCACAUAUACUAAUUAAUUGCCCCCUUGAGGAGCUCUAUAUGUCCAUGCUCCUCUUCCUGUUUGGGCUGGUGCUGUCACUCAGCAAUAAUCCUCUUUUCUCUGUGCUUUCUUAGAUUCCUGUCCUCUGUCUUUGAGGCUGGUGAGGACACAGAGUCCUGAUCUUUUCAUGCUGCACAAAACGAGCAUGCAAAAAGCUUCUUCCCAGCAGAACAUGUUCCCUCUUGUCUCCAGUUGCUAGAAAGGAUUUGAGGACCAAGAACUCAGCUCGUCCUGUCCCCAUGCUGAGUUCUGUCCUGGACAAUCAAAAGCAACUAGUGACUGUAGUAUAGAACUCUACCAAAGUAGGCUGGUGAGAAAGUGCAGGCUCCCUGGGAAUAGAAGCUGCUGAGUGCUUCAGAGUUCCCUACAACUUGGAAGAACCUGAAUAUGCCUUCCCAGUGGGCGAAUCAGAUAGCUGUGGUGUUACCUGACAUUUCCCAAACCUUGUGUAUGUUGGCUGAGUGUGCAGUGAUCCUAGCUCAUGCUAGCCUGGGUGCAGCUGCUAAUGAGACGAAAUCUCUGUUGGGGGAGCAAGAAGUAGGAUGAGAUAAUUUGUCCUCAUGCUUUCAUCAGUUUGUUUUGCCUUACUCACUUUUAAGUGGAAUAAGGGAGUGUCUCAGGAUUGCACCUGUGACAUCCUGAAGGAUGCUCCCCGGUGGCCCUCCUGGGGCAAGGAUGGACAGACUCAGACCCCUCAGCAUGCUUAGCUCACACCUUCUUUGGGAACUGGGGAUGUCCUUUUACACCUCCCUUUUAGUCUCACUUUGUGGGGUCUACAGUAACAAUGGAUCUGGUGCAGUUCAGUUGGUUAUUAACAUCUUAACUGGCCACAUUUAUUUGACUGGGAAAGUUGAAGAGGCAUUCCUCCUGGAGAAAAAUAUAAAUGUUUUCCUACAAGCUGUAUUAGCUAUAAUUAUAUUUGUGCUUAAAGCUCUCCCUUCUUCAUUCAUCGACUAAGUGAAGUCCAGAUAUGGGUUAUCCUUGGAGAAACAACUGGUGAUAUUCUAAGCAGACAGUUGUUUAGGUGGUUUAAGGGUCAGAUGUUAGUCUCCUUCCUUCAGGUCGUCUCUGAGAUUCACACAUAUCACUCUAGCUCUGAUGGCGGCUCACUCUUUGUCUGCCUGUUCUGUCUCUCCCACUUCCACCUGUUUCCCCAGUUUGAAAGCAUCCACAUGAGCUGAGCUAGAAUUUGGAUCUGGGGCUUCAGCCCACAUAAACAUAAGGAGGGAUGUCCCUGGUCUACUCCAUCCCCAUGGAUAGUGUUGCUGCUGGGCAACAGUGUUGGUGUCUUUUAAGUAUCCCCCUCCCCUCUUCACCCCACUCCAAACCAACUAACACUCAGAGGGGCUUAUGGUGAAAGGUUCAGCUCCAAGGUAGUACCUGAGGAUGUACGAUGCCCCUUCAGACCACUGCUUCCAUUAGAUUUCCAGAGUCACAAUCCCAGCUGGAAGUAGCCAUGCUUCUGUAGGAGGGGUGCUGAGCUCCAGCCUUCUCAUGGGAGAGAGGUCAAGGACAGGGUCAGUAUUGUGGGCACGUGUAUAUCUUCCCAAGUUCUCUUACAGUCCCUGCUGGGACUCCCUGACUUAUUUUGGUUGGUUCUUAGUGCUACUUCUUUUACAAAAUACACUUUGUAGAAUUGA